GGGUUUUUCAUUCCUGAGCUGUUUGCUUAUGGAAAAUAAGGGGGAGUGACAGAAGAAGAGACAGAGUGAAAGGGAAAAGGGAAGAGAAGGCGGCCCGGACAGCAGGGCAGGCAGCCCGGGAGCCUUGGCCCUGUCCGGUCACUGGCCCGCCAUGGAGCAGCCAGCCCUGGCUGCUUGGCCUGUCAGUGGCGUGUGAGGGGCCGGGGCUGCAGGUGCUGCCAGCCCCUCACGGCCCCACGGGGCUCUGCGUGCCUUUCCUCGCCGGCACACACACACACACACACACACACACACACGGCACCCCAGAGUGCGCCUCCGCCUCCACUGCAGACAUGAGGCUCCAGCUGCUGCUUUGGAUCAUGGCUGUGCUCCUGGCGAGCCUCCUCCCAGCCUACGGACAGCGGCCAGCCAACCUGGCCCUGUGCAGGAAGCUCCACUGGCACGGCUGCUCCCACCGGUGCUGCAUGCCGCUCCACUCCAGGGUGCCCUUCCCCUGAGCCCCGGCGGAGCGUGGCCAGCAACUUCAUACUGGAAUUUUCAGUGUUUUAAAGGAGCAACGGUUAAACUGAUAAGAGAAGUUUGUCAAAAGUCCAGAUCAACAACAGCUGACGUGACAGCCACCACAGUCCCAUCUUCAGCAGUUCUGUCUGUCACAUUCUACUGGACCUGGACUAAAGGCCCGUCUCAUACCCUGAGAAGUGG